AGAGGCAGAAGUGGGACCGCAUUCCCGCAGCGAGCCCGGCUCUCCGGGAGAUGCUCGCCGGGAGGGAGCCGGACGCCGGACGGGGCUCACCGGGGAGUGGAGCGUGGGGAUGUGCCGCGGCAGCGCCGAGCCGUGAGACGCUUCGCGCUCCAGGAACGCGCGGCUCCGGGAGGCAGCGAGGCGUUCGCCAAGCCCGAAACACAGCCCCGAAACGCUGGAGCGUCUCAGCCCCCUGAUGCCGGACACCGGCUCCCAUCCGCCUCCCUGCACCCGGGUGCCGGACAGCCCACGGCCGGCCAGAGCACAGGUACGCGGCAGCCUCGCGUGAGAUGCGGCAGAGCUGGGCAGGAUGAUGCUGUCCUUUAACUCUUCUCAAGCCCCACGGCUGGAAUCGGGAUUCUCCUUUGUAGGGUGCGAAGGGGUGUCUGCGGAUGCUUUGUAGAGCCCCCCCAAAGACGGCACAGGGGGAGACCGGGGAGGACCGCGGCACGUUUUCUCUUGCGUCUUGUUGAUCCUGGCUGUGCCGCCGGGCUGCACAGAGGCUCCUGCCCGGCACAAUGUCCCAGCGGGUGCCUGCAGACCCGCUCUGGCCACGGGUGGCGAAGCUGCUGCUGCUGCUCCAGCUGUGCGCCCACGGCCACGCUCCCCGCGCGGCCUCGCUGCCCCGCAGCUGCCCCGCCGCCUGCAUCUGCACCUCCGACCUGCUAAGCUGCAGCCGGCAGACGCUGCAGCGCGUGCCCCGGGCACUGCCGCCCACCGCCACCACGCUGGACCUCAGCCACAACGCCCUCACCCAGCUCCACGACCGCUGGCUGGCCGCCCUCCCGCACCUCGAGGCCCUCCACAUCAGCCACAACCAGAUUAAGGACCUUUCUCCGCAGGCUUUCCACAAUGCCUCCUACCUGCGGCACCUCGACAUGUCCUCCAACCACCUGCACGCUGUCGAGACGCACUACUUCGACGCGCUGGUGAGCUUGGAGGAGCUGCUGCUCUACAACAACCGCAUCACGCGAGUGGAUGAAAACGCUUUCACCAAGCUGAGCGGCCUGCGGAAGGUCUACCUGAGCUGGAACAACCUGACCACCUUCCCCUUCCACUCGGUGCAGGGGCUGGGAAACUACAGCCUCCGCACGCUGGACCUCUCCUCCAACAGCCUGAGCAGCAUCCCCGUGGAAGAGCUGGCAGCUCUGCCCGAAAACAUCAGGAACGGCUUGUACCUGCACAACAACCCUAUCAGGUGCAGCUGCCCGCUCUACCUGAUGCUCCAGCGCUGGAAGCAGCGAGGUUUCAGCUCCGUGAAGGAUUUCUUUGAGGAACACACCUGCAAGGUGUCUGACAACGUGCCCCGGUCCCUGAUCAAGUUCCUGAAAUACAGCCACAUGUUCGAGAACUGCUCGGCGGGCCCCGAAGACACGCACCCCGUGCCCUUCCCCGUGAUGGUGGGCCAGACCCUCCUGCUCGCCUGCAACACCAGCCUGCCGGCCGCGGCCACCACCUACAUGUGGAUCUCCCCUCACCACGAGCCCAUCAAACACCCGGGGAACAGCAACCGCUCCUUGGAGGUCUACCGCAACGGCAGCCUGAAGAUCGCGGCGGCCAAGCCCUGGCACUCAGGGGUCUACGUGGGCUUGGCCAUCAACAGCCCCCACAAUUUCAGCAGGCUGUGCGAAGUCAACGUGACGGUCCACUACCCCAAGCCAGACGGGGAGACCUUCAGCACUGGCCUCACGACCCUGCUGGGGUGCAUUGUGAGCCUGCUGCUCGUGCUCAUGUACUUGUACCUCACGCCCUGCCGUUGCCUGAGCUGCUGCAAGAAGCCGGCUCCUCUCAGCCCUCCACAGGAGUGCAGCGCCCAGUCCUCCAUCCUCAGCACCACUCCCCCCGCCACCGACGGGCCAAAUCGCAAGGUCAGCGCCAACAAGCACGUGGUCUUCCUUGAGCCCGUCAGGGAGACGCAGAAUGGCAAGAUCCGCCUGGCCCUCAGCGAAGACUUCCCCGACCCCAAGCAUCCCAAGGUCCUGCAGCUCAAGUCAGACUCGGAGUCCAUCAGCUCCGUCUUUUCGGACACCCCCAUUGUGUCGUAGCGAGGCAGAGCUGGGAGCAGAGCCAGGGCCUCCCGAGAGCUGUUCUCCUCCAUCACUGCUAGAAGCAGCAGGAUUACGGGGCACCCUGAAUUCUCGGCUUGACCGCGACCCAUGAGGGGGAUCGGCAUCACCCACAACUGCUUCAGCCAUGAGCUCCUGGUGGGUGUUGGGCUGGGGGCACGUUGGUGCCUGGCAAGAGCUCCUUGCGUAAACCACUGGCAACAGCCUCGUUAGCACAAGGGUACCGCUGAUGAACCCGGCACGCCUGAGAAACCCCCACUUCAUUUGGGCAGCCAAACUCCCUAACGGUGACACUGGGGAUGGUGAUCUGACACGUCCCCGGGCAUGCGAGACCCCAUCUGGCACCACCGCCGCAGGCCCCCAGGCCAAGGAAUAGCCGUGCCAAGCGCGGCACUCUCCUCGCUCAUGCCGGGGCCCCCGGGGAUGGCGAUGCCACCGUCCUCUCCCAGUCCAUGCCAGUCCCCAUCAGCAUGCCAUGGUUGGGAGCAGGCGGAGCGUGAUCUUGUUGCAAGGGGGGGGGGGGGGGUGUACGUGCUCCCUCCCCAAACACGGCUACGCAGGAGGGAUGGAGCUCGGUGCCUGACCAGCCAUGCAGCCAAGCAAACAUUACAAGCUUUUGCUUCCUGAGAAGCUGUAAAUAGUCAAGGCAGGAUUAGGUGAUGUGAUACAGCGCCCCGGCCCGCAUUGCUCAGAGCUCCCCGUGCCACCAAGGACGAUGAGGUCUCAGAUGCACCACCCUCCUUCGCUGCUUCUCCUUGAGGCGGACAAAUGCGCUGCUAAAGCACAGCUAUGUAGGCAGUAAUCUAAUAAGCCUAUCGAUAAAUGUGAGUAAUCCUCUCCUCUCUUGGGUCGUAAUUCUCUAGUUACAUUGGAAUAAAAAAAAUGCCUAUUUUUUUAAGCUCA